CGUUGAGUCAGAGCAGAGCCAGCCCCCCUACCCCUCGCUGGCCGCGUCCUGGUAAAGGAAGUUUGCGAGGAAGGUGGGUGGAGGUGGAUGACCCACGCAUCUGGAGCUGACUCGCUCUUUCGCAAACGUCUGGGAGGAGCCCCCAGGGCCACAAAACUGUCUCCUCCCGGGCGCCAGACUGAGAGGUGCAGGGAGACCGCGGAGAGGAGCCGCCGCCGGACAUGGGCCGCCCGCUGCUGCUGCUACUGUUGGCUCAGACCUGCAUUCCAGCCUCCUGGGGCCUGCGGUGCAUGCUGUGUAAGACUACCGGGAAUUGCAGGGUGGAAGAGUGUGCCCCCGGCCAGGACCUCUGCAGGACCACGGUCCUGCACAUAUGGGAAGAAGGUGAUGAGCUGGAGGUGGUGGAGAGAGGCUGUACCCACCCAGAGAAGACCAACAGGACCAUGAGCUAUCGGACUGGCAUGCAGAUCAUCACCCUGACAGAGGCCGUGUGUGGGUCAGACUUGUGCAACCAGCCCAGUCCUGGCCAGGUUUCUACCUUUCCCCGAAGCCGUUACCUCGAAUGUUCUUCCUGUGCCUCGUCAGAUCUGAGCUGUGAGAGGGGCUGGGACAAGACCCUGCAAUGCCGCAACCCUGGAGAACAGUGCCUGGAGGUGGUAACCCACCAGAGCCUGGAAGAGAGUCCAGGGGAUGAGCGCCACUCCCGAGGCUGUGGCAACCUUCCUGGCUGCCCAGGCCCCACUGGCUUCCACAACAACCACACCUUCCACUUCCUGCGGUGCUGCAACACCACCAAAUGCAAUGGGGGCCCAGUCCUGGAGCUUCAAAACCUGCCACUGAACGGCUUCCAGUGUUACAGCUGUGAGGGGAACAGCACCCAUGGAUGUUCCUCCGAAGUGACUUCCCUCACUGACUGCCGAGGCCCCAUGAAUCAAUGUCUGGAAGCCACUGGCACUAAUGGACUGGGGAACCCAAGCUACACCAUAAGAGGCUGUGCAACCCCCUCCUGGUGCCAAGGCCUCCAUGUGGCUGAAGCUUUCAGCCUCACCCAUCUCAACGUCUCUUGCUGUACUGGAAACGGCUGUAACCAUGCAGCCCUGGUUACCCAGCCCCACACGGGGGGUGCCCCCCUGCCUGGCCCUGCCCACCUCAGCCUCUUCGUCACCCUGCUUAUGACUGCCAGACUGUGGGGAGGUACUUUACUCUGCACCUGAACCCCACACUCCCACUGCCCUGGCUGGAUCCAGGGGAUCCCUUUGCCCUUCCCUUAGCUCCCAGCCCUACUGACUUGCUGUGUGACCUCAGACCAGUGUGCUCCCCUCUCUGGGCCUUAGUUUUCCCAGCUGCCAAAACACCUAUCUCAGAGAACUGUGAGAAUCAGAGGAGAAAAACUAGAGGAAGGCUACGGGCCAGCAGGCGAGAGCUCUUGUGAUAUUAAUAUUGUUGCCGCUAUUAUUAUUAAUUAAUAUUUGUUUUAUUUAAUAUUUUGUACUUAAAUAAAGAUUUUUGUAUCAGUGAACAAA